AAGUAGGGACAGAGAAGCGGGAGUGAGAGGAGUGGUUGAGCGAGGUACUCGUGGAAAAAGUCAUACAGUUGCUGGGGAAAGUUAUUAGGACAGCUUCUCGAGUCUCGGAGUUGUUUCUACCACGAUGUGCGGGAUUUUUGCAUAUUUGAACUACCGAGUCCCUCAAACGCAGAAGGUGAUCUUGGAGAUCUUAGUCAAAGGUUUGCAGAGACUUGAAUACAGAGGCUAUGACUCAGCAGGUAUGGCAGUUGAUGAUGGUAAUGACACAGAUCAAAAAACUAGAUAUAUCUGUCUCUUCAGAAAUAGAGGCAAAGUGAAGGCCCUGGCUGAAAAGCUUUAUGAGCAAAAAUGUUUGGACUUGGAUAAGGAAUUUGAAAUACAUUUUGGGAUUGCUCACACUCGCUGGGCAACACAUGGAGUUCCAAAUGAAGUGAACAGUCAUCCUCAUCGCUCUGAUAAAAGCAAUGAAUUUGUGGUAGUUCAUAAUGGAAUUAUCACGAACUACAAAGAUUUAAGAAAAUUUCUGGAGAGCAAAAAUUAUGUGUUUGAAUCUGAGACGGAUACUGAGGUGAUUCCCAAACUAACAAAGUAUCUAUAUGACAACAGAGAAAAUGAAGAUAUUGGAUUCUCUGCUUUAGUAGAAAGAGUUGUCCAACAACUGGAGGGAGCAUUUGCACUUGUUUUCAAGAGCAGACAUUUCCCAGGUGAAGCUGUUGCUACCAGGCGAGGGAGCCCUCUGCUGAUUGGUAUUCGCAGCAAGAAUAGGCUCUUCACUGACCAAAUUCCAAUCCUGUACCAAGCACACAAAAAUAACAAAAAUGACCCAAUAUCCAAAGCACACAAAAUUGAGCAUGAAGAUUUUAAAUUCCCUGGAGAGGACAAAACUGUUGAAUUUUACUUUGCAUCUGAUGCUAGUGCAAUCAUUGAGCACACAAACAAAGUGAUAUUUCUGGAAGAUGAUGACAUUGCUGCAGUGGUGGAUGGUUGUCUCUCCAUUCACCGUGCUGAAAGAUCAGUGGGUGAUUCGGCAUCCAGAACCAUACAUACUCUGCAGAUAGAAUUGCAACAAAUAAUGAAAGGUAACUUCAAAGCAUUCAUGCAGAAAGAGAUUUUUGAACAGCCAGAAUCUAUAGUUAAUACUUUGCGAGGAAGAGUAAAUUUUACAAAUAGCACAGUAAUGCUGGGUGGAUUGAGAGACCAUGUCAAAGAAAUAAAACGAUGCAGACGCUUGCUCUUGAUUGGGUGUGGCACCAGUUACCAUGCUGCAGUGGCAACACGUCAAAUAUUGGAAGAAUUAACUGAACUACCGGUGAUGGUUGAACUUGCUAGUGAUUUCUUGGACAGAAGUACUCCUGUUUUCAGAGAUGACGUCUGUUUUUUCAUUAGCCAGUCAGGUGAAACUGCAGACUCCCUCAUGGCUCUGCGAUACUGUAAGGAUCGUGGUGCCUUGACUGUUGGCAUUACAAAUACAGUUGGAAGCUCGAUUUCUCGAGAAACAGAUUGUGGUAUACAUAUUAAUGCUGGACCUGAAAUUGGAGUAGCAAGUACAAAGGCCUAUACAAGCCAGUUUGUUUCUUUAAUUAUGUUUGGCCUCAUGAUGUCUGAGGAUCGCAUCUCAAUGCAGGAAAGGAGAAAGGACAUCAUUGCUGGGCUUCAAUUUUUACCAGACUUGAUCAAAGAAGUUUUGUCCUUGGAUGAAAAAAUUCAGCAAUUGGCCCAAGAGCUGUUCCAGCACAAAUCACUCCUAGUCAUGGGCCGUGGGUAUCAUUAUGCUACCUGCCUUGAAGGAGCUUUAAAAAUCAAAGAAAUCACUUACAUGCAUUCUGAAGGGAUCCUGGCUGGAGAAUUGAAACAUGGUCCUUUAGCUUUAGUUGACAAGCUGAUGCCUGUUAUAAUGAUUGUUAUGAAGGAUUCAUGCUACACGAAGUGUCAGAAUGCUAUGCAACAGGUCGCUGCACGACAGGGCCGUCCAAUAGUACUCUGUGCAAAGAAUGAUGAGGAGAGUACGAAAUUUGCAUACAGAACUAUUGAAGUUCCACAUUCCGUUGACUGCUUACAGGGUAUUUUAACUGUAAUUCCUCUUCAGCUUCUUUCAUUCCAUUUGGCUGUUCUUCGAGGAUAUGAUGUUGACUUUCCUCGAAACCUGGCCAAGUCUGUCACUGUUGAAUGAGGAUAUGACUACCUCGCCCAUUUGAAGUUCGAUGUUCUGACCAACCUUUGUUCUUUUUUUGGUUAUCAUUUCUUCUGGUGGAAAACAUGCUUCUAAUUAAAUUAUCUAAUUGAGGUUUCUCCAGUAAAGAAGAAUAUAUGCAUGUCUGAUACAAAUCAAAUGAGGUUAUACAUAGCUGGGUUACGAUAUUAAGUGCCUCUUCCUUUGUGUUUUAUCCAUGUGGUAAAUACAUCUUCUUGUAGCUACCUUGAUUGAAUGAUUUGGAGGAAGCUGAUGUUUACAUAGAAUGGAUACAUACAAAAGUGCAAUAUUAAUAAUGAAGGAAAUCAAUUUUAAAACAUUAUCCAUAGUCCUUUUUUCUAUUUUAUGCCUUUUAAGAUUAUUUAUGAAUUUUACAAAAAUCCCUCAGUUUUCUGGUUGUUGAGAAUAUCUAUACUGGUCAUGUUCACUGAAUGUAUUUUAUUGUAUAUCGUUUUAAGUCUAAGGGAAUUAUUGGAAGUUUGAAUUAAGUAAAGAAGCAAGAUGAAGUGUUUUUUGCCGUUUGCUUGUAUUUAAAUCCAUGAUAAAAGCCAUUUUCAAAAAAAAAUGAAGGUGUGCAUUGUGUAUAUGUGUCUUGUACUUUGGUAAUGAUUUGUAAACAGAGUAAAUCAUUUAAUUAUGAUGUGCUUUUUCAGCAUUCAAAAUGCAUAGACUUUAGCCAAACAUUUUGCAGGUUAUCAUUAAAACGAGGAACAGUCAUUUGACCUUAC